UGCUUCAGCUCAGCACAUAAAAAGGAGCAGCGGGAGACCCCUGCAUCUGUAGAUCUGGUUUCAUCGCUCAAAUCUGCAGUUUCUUCUGGUAAAGUAGCAAAAUGUAUGGACACAAUGAAGAUAAACAUGAUGGACACGGGCACGGACACGGGCAUGGGCACGGACACGGGCAUGGGCACGGCCACGGACACGGACACGCACACGGCCAUGGACACGCACACGGCCACGGACACGGACACGGCCACGGACACGCACAUGGCCACGGACACGGACACGGGCACGGACAUGGCCACUAAAAGGAAAGGACAGCCAUGGGCAGUUCCUGCAGCAGUGACUCUGACUAGAUGAACAGUGUUCGACGUGAACCUGGAGACCUUCAUGCUCCUGUCUUGUCAUUUGACUGCCUGCAGUUUCUUUACAAACAGAUUUAAUUAAGAAUUAACAGAGCUGACAAAGUUAUUUUAGACCAUUGUGAACCUUUACAGGCAUGAUUUUAUCCAGUGUUUGUCAGAAAAUAAAUAAAAGUGAUGAAAGUGUCAUCUUUAUGACAUUUUAUCCCAUCU